GAAGGUUCACAUGUGUCAACCAACCUCUAAGGUCCCGCUGACCGAGUGCACGGCGUGUUUUAGGUAAUUAAUGCGUCAAGAAACGCGUAGAAAUGAAUGUCCAAGGAUUAAAUGAGUGUUUUUACGUGUGACCCGUAGAUGCAGAAUAUUUGUAAACACUGAGUGACGUUUUUAGUAUGAAUACGGUCCGUUUGAAGCUGAGGUCCUUUACAUUUCUGUUUGUGAAAAGCAGAGCUCGUCCUGCUGACGCUCAUCCGCCGCUCGCACGCUGGGAUUCUCGGACUGUUUUCCAGUUUUGCCGAACAAUGGCGACUAAUUUUAAUAACAAUAACACAAAUAACAGUAAUGAUAACAACCCGGAGACGCGACAGCAGCUCGAUCCGAGGAAAGCCAGACAGAAGGAGCCGCUGCGGAGACUGAAAAUCAAGGAGAACAGGAACAAACGAGGGUUCGAUGAUCACGGACCGUCCACGGUUUACCUGCAGGUGGUCGGAGCUGGAAGCAGAGAUAAUGCUGCGUCACUUUACGUCUUCUCCGAGUUCAACAGGUAUCUGUUCAACUGUGGCGAGGGAACACAGAGACUCCUGCAGGAACAUAAACUGAAAGCCGCUCAGCUGGACAACAUCUUCCUGACCAGUCUGAGCUGGGAGAAUGUGGGAGGUUUAUCAGGGAUGAUAUUAACUUUAAAAGACACUGGUGUCCCUGAGUGUGUCCUCUAUGGACCUCCACAGCUGGAGAAGUAUUUGAACGCCAUCAAGACGUUUUCUGGACCGUUGGACAACAUCAAGCUGUCGGUGCGACCGUACACUGAGGAGGCUUACACCGACGACACAAUGACAGUUCAUCAGGUGCCAAUAUUCGCUCAGUCAAAGGAUCACAGCAGGAACUCCCCCCGGUCGAGCAGCCCCCCUCGAAGUCCCGCCUCUCCAAAGGAAGAUGACAUUCACCUCAACAGCUGCGGAGACAGUCCAGGAAGUCCAGGUGAAAGACGAACAGGAACCAGAGAUGCGUCUUUGGUGGUUUCGUUUAUAUGUAAGCUUCACCCAAAGAAAGGAAAUUUCUUGGUCACUCAAGCGAAGGAGCUUGGACUGCCUGUAGGAACAGCAGCCAUCGGUCCGCUCGUUAAAGCUCUGAAAGCUGGAGAAAGCAUCACGUUCGAAGGGAGAGAGAUCCGGCCUGAGCAGGUCUGUACUCCCACUGAUCCAGGACCAGUGUUUAUUAUCGUCGAGUGUCCGUCUGAGGAGUUUGUGCAACCUGUCUGCACCAAUCGACACCUGAGAAGAUACCAAACAGGAGGGACGGAGGAUCCUGCAGUGCUCGUGGUCCACAUGACUCCAGAGUCUGUUCUGAACACAGAUCAGUACAAACAGUGGAUGGAGAGGUUUCCAUCCACGACAGAACACCUGAUCCUCAACCAGCAAGUCUUCACAGUCCACAACGUCAGAAGUCACAAGAUUCAGACGCAGCUGAACAUGAUUCACCCUGAGAUCUUUCCACAGCUCCGCUCGUACAGGACCAAGGAGCCUCAGGCCGCCCUGCACGUCCCCAACGUCAGAGCCGAGUGUCUGCUCAAGUUCCAGCUCAGACCCGUAAUGGAGUGGCAAAGAGACGCCAUCCCCUCCUGCAGCACAGAGGAGUUUGUGAAGGAGGCGUCUGAGGUGCCAAACUUUCUGGAAGAGGUGGAGAAGAGCAGGAAGAUUUGCUCCACUGACGCUGCAGAGCUCUCCGCAGGAAAAGGAGACAAAUACCCGGAGGUGGUUUUCCUGGGAACAGGAUCAGCUCUGCCGAUGAAGAUCAGAAACGUCAGUGGAACUUUAGUUAAUAUCAGCUCGACUCAGUCGUUGCUGUUGGACUGUGGAGAGGGAACCUUCGGUCAGCUCUGCAGACACUACGGCGACGACGUGGACGACGCUCUCUCCAAGAUCUCGACUGUCUUCAUCUCACACUUGCACGCCGAUCACCACACAGGGCUGCUGAAUUUACUGUACCAGAGGGAAAGAGCGAUGACGACUUUAGGAAAAGAGUUCAGCCCCAUCUACCUGAUCGCUCCGGUCCAGAUCAUGACCUGGCUCAACCGGUAUCACGACCACUGUGAGGAGAUCCUCAGUCACAUCAACGUCGUCCCAAACACAUUUCUAACAGAUGACGCCGAGGUUCCCAAACAGAAGACAAAGUCUUUAAUCAAAGCGCUGCUGAAGAAGAACGACCUGACGAAGUUCCAGACGUGCGGAGUGCGUCACUGUAAGAACGCCUUCGCCUGCAGCUUCACUCAUCAGUCCGGCUGGAAACUGGCCUUUUCCGGUGACACCAUGCCCUGCGAUGCGUUCGUGAACAUCGGAAAAGACGCGACCUUACUGAUACACGAGGCCACGCUGGAGGAUGGGAUGGAGGAGGAGGCUGUGGAGAAGAGGCACAGCACGACCUCCCAGGCCAUCGGCAUCGGCAUGAGGAUGAACGCAGAGUUCAUCAUGCUGAACCACUUCAGCCAGCGUUACGCCAAGAUCCCUCUGUUCAGCGAAGACUUCAGCGACAAAGUGGGAAUAUCGUUCGACCACAUGAGAAUUCGCUUUGGAGACUUGAAAAUCCUCCCCAGACUCAUUCCUGCAGUGAAAACCCUCUUUGCCGAUGAUAUAGAGGAGAUGGAGGAGAGGAGGGAGAGGAGGGAGAGGAGGGAGCUGAGCAUCAGAGGCAUCAGAGAGGAGGCAGCUCCGAGGUCAACAGCGAGCAGCAGAGGACAACGACGGGUCGAGGCGCCAAACGAGACCAGGAGGAGGCAGCGACGCAUGACGUCGACGCAAAGAGACAGAAAACUUCCUUCAGCAGUUAAAACAUGAGCUCAGAGAAAGAAAAAAAAAAAAAACACUUAAAACUACCUGAGUUAUUUUAUUUAAAUGAAUGAGAUUUUUAUUUGGUUUGAUUGUUGAACAUGAUGUAUAUUUCUUGGAUUGAAGUGGAUAAUACUAAAAAGGUAUGGAUAGAUAUUUUUGUUUCAUUAAAAACACAAUAAAGCAGUACCACACAUCGGUAGUUUCAUACA